CGUAGGUGUUCUGGGAAACGCAGAGUGACAUUAGUCGAGAUACAGUACACCCAACGCGACAGCGGGACAGAUCAGAUUGCUGUGUCAGGGUGUCUUCGGAUAUCGGAAUCCACCACCAUGUCAGGUUCGAUAACAAGGGCGACAACUCCAUCCCGGGACUGGCAAACAGGAAAGAACAGCACAGAGUGCAACGGAUACAUGCUUGAGCAUCAGCUGGAUUGUGACGUCACUUUUGAAGUUGGAGAAUCAAAAGAGAUAAUUCGUGCUCACAGUUAUAUAUUGAAAAGUAGAAGUCAGGCCUUGUACGAUUGUUUGUACAAUUCUGCUGAUGGAAAUCCGAGAACACUUCCAUUACCUGAGACCACAGUCCCUACUCUGCAAUGUGUAUUAAGAUAUUGCUACACAGACACCACCGGUCUCACCAUGGAGACGGUGAUUGGGGUGUUGCACUUGUCUAAGUUAUUCAACAUUGGGAGGUUGCGGGACUCAUGCACCGCCUUCAUCACGUCUCACCUGUCUGACAACAAUGUCUGUUACUUCCUGGAACAGGCUCACCACUACCAGGAGGUGGAACUUCGCGGGAGCUGUCUCGAGUUUGCCCUUAGUCAUGGAGAGACUGUUAUCAAGUCCGACGGUUUCCUAGGCUUGUGCUAUGAAUGUGUUGAACUUAUCAUUUCUGAUGACAGUCUCCAUGCUAAGGAAGUUACUGUGUACAAAAGAGUUAUUGAUUGGGGGAAAAAACAACUGCGGCAGCACAACACUAGCAUCUCUGAACUGAAUCUCCGUGAUGGGUUAGGACCAUUACUUUUUCGCAUCCGUUUUCCGCUACUAGGAAUGAAUUAUUUUGCUUGCAGGAUUGCCCACCUCAAUCUCUUGACAGACGCAGAGAAAGUUAGCAUCUUCAGAUAUCUAUCCGGAGCUGACAGAUCAGCGGGUCAGUUUCAGAUAGCCCAAAGAGCGGGUAGUCCCAUCACCUUGAGCCCUGAAACAAAGAUGUGUGUUCGGUUCUCGGAGACUGCGGGUCCUCUGGGAGACGAGAUGCUCACAACAACUGAUGCCAAUCGCAGACUUGGACUUGCCUUUUCCUGCAACAGAUUGGUGGCUCUUCGGGGUGUUCUUUUGUACAGAGGACGGACGGCUGAGUAUGAUGUGAAAGUCAAACUUUUCUCCCACUUAGGGGAUCUCCUGCAUGAAGAGUCAAUACACGUGACAACCUCAGAGGAGCAUCAGGAACAGACGUCUCUUGAAUUAAGUAGACCGGUGUUACUGAAGGUUGGUGUGAAGUAUACACUUAGUGUCCAGACAUCCUCCUAUAGUUGGUAUUAUGGUGCCAGAGGCAGCAUUCAGAUUAGGAACGGGAGUGAAACAUUUACUUUCUACGAAUGCCCACUUCCUAGCCACUCUUCCUCCUUGUCCCAGGGAGAUUUGCCUGGACUCUUGUACACAGUUGACGUUGGUUAAUUGUGAUUAUCUUUGGAGACCCACCACGAGGAGGUCCGGAGAUAUUAUUUGUUGUACUAGUGAGUUAUGUACCACCAAAACAGAGAUUGACAAACUGAAAUAAUAUCACAGUCGAACACGGAUGUAACGAACACGGAUAAUGUGCGAACAAAUGGAUACAACAAACUGUUACAAAAUCCUCGAUUCAUGUCCUCUAUAUCAUCAUAUAAAAUGUGCGUAUAUAACGAACAAUGUACAUAACGAACUGAUUUCUCCGGUCCCUUGUGGUUCGUUAUAUCCAUCUUCCACUGUAUCUAUCAUUGUCUUCCGUAUUGUUAUCCUGAAAACAUGGUCCUUGGACCACAUCGAUACAUGCAGUACCAUCAAGACAAAAUCAGAUUGUCCGACCUUUGGGGGUUUUAAAGAUAACGAAACCAUGUACUUUACAACAUGUGAUAUUUGUUUUCUCUUCAAGAGUUGCAUUUUGUAAUAUGCUCUUGCAGGAAAACUUUUUUAUUGUCUUAUUGGCCCUGUGACUUUCUUUGCCUGAAAAUCCACAUCCUACAACUAUGUUAUUUUCUUGUAACAGCCAUCCCAAAGUGUUUAUUUGGAUAGGCGGUGUGCGCAGAACCUUCGGAAAGGUUCCUUUGGCAGCUUAUUAAUAAUGCAAUGAUAGUAUUGUCACAGAGUGACAACGCAUUGUUAAAAAAAUUGGAGCUUCUGAACAACAUCCCUUUUGUACAAUGUUGAGAACAUAUCAUUUGGGAAAUCUGGACUAUUCAACAUGACCUAAUCCAUGCGUAACAGCGGUCAGUUGUACCAUUGUCUUAACACAGCAUUUCACAUUAUGACAUUUAUAGCCUUAAUCCAUUUUCCCCUGGGCCGUGACUGUAAUCACGUCCAUAAGCCCCAUGUCCAGGGCAACGCUAUUGUCUCUUUGUCUGUCUAAUGUUGUCCAAAAGUGUAUAUAUAUAUGUUUACAUCUUUACUGUUAGUCAGUCUGGUAUUCCGACAGCACCUGUAUAUGCAGCCGCGUAGGAUACGCCUGCUUGCUGGACUUCGCUUGUGGUUGUUGAGUUGGAAUCUCCGCUCGACAUAUUUCUAUUAGUAAUUGUAUUUCUUUUAUUGCCGACUAUAGAAGUUUGGACUCAACGUAUUCUUCGUUUUCAAUCUGAGCUAAUUUCCCCGUCAACACAUGCGCGUUGACAGUAUUGACAAUAUAAAAAUGUGUCGAUUUUUACGUCUGCGACUUUUCAGCAACAUGGGGUUUUCUAUAAAAGAGAUAUAUGUUCUGUGCUAAUAAAUGGAGAAAUAUAGAAUAUCCCCCGAGAGUCGUUUGAUGUCAAAUAUAUCAACGAGUGUUGAUGUAUUUGAUAUCAAUAGACACGAUGAUGAUAUUUUGUUUAUCAUCCAACAUCAGUCUUCUGAUAACAGACGAAUUUCAUUGGUACAUGCGUAAACGGGUGAGGUCAUGUAAACCCCACCCACGUGGGCCUUUUGAAAACAAGGACGCAAGUUUUAAUGGUUAUAAAUAUCCAUCAAACGAUUCCAAGACUUUUCAACAAACGUGUAGGUCUUGGGUUUUAUGAACUACCUGCCAUGUCGUCUUCACAUCUUCAGAAAAUGAUACAGUGGAAUGUCCGCGAUUUAUCCAACACACAAAUAAUGGUUCUUCCCUAUUGUCUGGACGAGAACGAAAUACUGUGGUGUACGGUAUAUAUAUGCAGUUUAUGAAUAGCAAUUCUUACAAACACUUGGUAGUAGAAUCUAGUUUAUGAAUUUUUUUAUCAUGUAGAUCGAGUCGCUUUGCUUCGGAAACUAAUUUUUAAUAAACAACUGAAGAGAGAUAAAGUUGAACUGGUUCUUUUAUGACGGUGCAAAUGGUAUAUCUAGUAGGUUUUCUUUUAUUAGAUCGAUGCGCAAUUUUCCACAGGGGCAGGAAAAAUUGUGACACAAAAUUAAAUUUUAUAUUAUUUCACGUCGGAAUGGCAAUAAAAUACGGACAGCCUCUCACACAUUCUAAACGAGUUUCUAAUAAAUAUGUGUUCACAUUAAUUCUUUCAUGUGCGUGAACAUUGAUUUUCCACAUUUUUUUAAUCAUGCUUAUUCAGGUUGCUGGCUACACAGAUCAUCCACAGGUUCCUGAAGCAGGAUAGUGAUAUAACUGAAACAGGAAGAUUGUCGAGGCAUUGACAUGAUGACAGAUGCUCGUCAUGGAUGGA